AUGCUCCUGAAAAGCACCCCGCAUCAGCCGACAUUUCUUGCACUGAGGAUAUCUGCCGAAAACGGAUGCCAGCUGUGCCGGUUUCUCUGCAUGUCGCUGGAGCAGGGCUUUCAAGGGCAGAAAUACUUGGAUCUCUCACUGCUGUCGGCUGAAUACCCCGGAUGCCAACUUUGGCUACGAGCCCGAGAUGUCUCGUUAGAUCGCAUUAUCCUAAGCUUCAAUGAGUCUGGUGGUCCUACCGAUUCAGAUGGUCCACCUAUCUCCUCCUACGGCCUCCCGCCUGGUUGCUACCAGAAAUUAGAAAAUCCGUUAGGAUACCUCGACCUGUUCGCAGAUUCUAGCGAGGCCGAACAACCGCCUGCAAUCUGUGGCAGGCCGUUACCGACAUCUGCUGGCAACUCUGCAGAAGACUUUGAGGUCGUCCGCGGCUGGCUGGUAGACUGCGUGAAUACCCACCCUCUCUGUGCAAGUCCGCGCCCCGAUGCUCCUCUUCCCAAGCGGGUCAUCGAUGUCGGACCGACAGAUGGAUCACAGGAGCCAAGACUUGUUCUAACCAGCGGCCAAAAGCUCCACGACCAGCGCUAUGCAACUCUGAGCCACUGUUGGGGUGGAGCAUUACCUCUGUCUACUACAUCCGGUACGCUGGAUGAACGAAUCGCGGGCAUUCCCAUAGCCUCGUUGCCGAAAACGUUUCGCGAUGCCGUCGUUAUUGUGCGGGAGUUGGGUCUCCGCCUUCUCUGGAUCGACUCGCUCUGCAUCGUCCAGGACUCUAGGGAGGACUGGGAAGUGCAGUCCGCCGUCAUGGGAGACAUCUACAGGGGCGGCUACAUCAAUAUAGCCGCCAGGGCCGCUGCCAACGGCUCUGUCGGCUGCUUCGUCCCCCGGGUUCCAGAGCCGCAGCCGUGUCGGAUCCCGCGCUGGUCUAGAGACGGCACAAUCGCGGGCUUCAUGUACUUCCGCUCUCCGGCGUUCAGGAUCGAGGACGUUGAGAGGACACCUCUCGACACGAGGGGAUGGGUUCUCCAAGAGCGGACUCUGUCCCCUCGGAUCAUUCAUUACGGCGCACAGCAGCUGUACUGGGAGUGCCUCAGCUCUUCCCAUCGCCAGGACGGAAAGUAUCACGACGACGCAGUGAAUUUUCAGGAAGAAGUUGGCCUGGUGCCACUUGGUAAUUACAAGAGAACACUUGGCCUGUAUUCCCCGACCGAUGCCGAAAUGCUCGAAGAGUACCGAUCUGCACUGUCCAGGUUCAUGCCAGAUGUCAAGGACGUUGAGCGGUGUCUGCACAUGGACCAAUGGUACUAUACUGUGAUGGAUUACACGAGAUGGAACCUCACUUUCCAGUCGGACAAAUUGGCAGCGAUCGCCGGCGUGGCAAAGACAGUCCAGCAGCAAAGAGGGUACACAUAUCUCGCCGGGAUGUGGCGGGAGGACUUGGUGAGGGGCAUGAUGUGGUGGUUAUGCGACAUCGAGCUUUCGACGGCAUCGGCAAUAGAGCGAAGCCGGAUCAUAUGUGAUACGCUGCCGUCGUGGACAUGGGCACGUCAUUCAGGCGAGAUUGACUUCAUUGUUAGUCCGGAGCGAGAGGCCGUUAGCCAGGUCGUAAGCGUAUCAUAUGAGGAGAACGGCAGCUUUGGACAGAUUUCCAGUGCACGGCUCCGGCUAAAUGGCCCCGUGGUCAUGGGGCAUUACAAUGUCUCGAGAUCUGAACGAGGGGCAAACCUGGUGGGAGCAGAUGGUAAAGCCAUUGGCUACGCAAGAUUUGACAUGCCGAAAGCGACAAAGCUUAUUGGUGGAGAUCAGCUUCUCUGUUGCAUCCUGCUGCGAGGUUACACCGGGGAGGCACUUGGCCUUGUUCUUCAACAGGAAGGCAGACAACGAAACACAUACAGACGGAUCGGAUACAUCCGAGAUGACGACCCCAAGUUCCAAGGAUGCUUACUAAAUCCAAUGCCCGCGUACCAGGAGACGGUCAUAGUGUAG